UGUAUAUAUUAUCUCUUAACGUGGCUGUAGUGUGCGCUUAAACAGGCGCAGAAAGUUAGUAGGGUGGGCCGCUCGCUUGCGUGGGCCGCUCGCUUGCCAACCAUGUUACACAUGGUGUAACAUUGUGAAGUUUGGCAGACGGCCCACUGAGAUCUAUUUCGGUAACUAUUCAGGCCAGAAGCUGACAAAGUGAUGCUCGAGCGGAACUGACGUGGAGGGAACACGAGGGCAGGUGCGGCUGAGGCAUUCGUUCGUAGAUGUGGCACAGCCCCACUACCUCGAGGCUGACAACCACCAUAACUGCAGACUUCGUAAAUUAUGAGACAAGACUUUGAGACUUACUUUUCAAUGCCAACUAUUGACUCUGGCUUUGCGCAACCAAGUAUCCCAAUCUACCACCAACCUGAAUAGCUUUGAUAGUAACCAUCAUUGCUAACACCAUGUCGCCAACUCUCCACCUCUACCACACACCAGGGUCUUGUUCGCUAGCCACUCAUAUCGCACUCCAAGCCUCCGGUCUUCCCUUCUCCACCACAAAUCUCAACGCUGCUCGUGGUUUCCCCGCUUCCCAUCUUCAUCUAAACCCUAAAGGCCGCGUUCCAAUCCUCGAGGUAGAUGGCGAGCUAAUCACCGAAACACCCGCCAUCCUCUCCGUAAUCGCUGCGCUAGUUCCAGAGAAAGGAUUACUGGGAAAAGGUCUGAUUGCGCAAGCGAGAGCACAAGAGUGGAUAAUAUGGCUUUGCGGGACGUUGCAUGGGCAAGCAUUUGGAUGCGUGUUUAGGCCGGGUCGGUUUGUCGGGGACGAAGCAAUGUUUGAUGCUAUACGAGCAAAAGGCCGUGAACAUGUUCGAGAGUGUUUCAAAUAUAUCGAGAAGAAUCUAGAAGGCAAGACUUGGGUGGUUGGUGAUAGUUUUACUGUCGUGGACGCGUAUCUCGUCGUCUUCUACCGUUGGGGCAAUAUGCUGAAGAUGGGUAUGAGGGAGACAUAUCCGAGCUAUACGAGGGCAGUCGAUGGCGUUGUCGCGCAGGAUGAUGUGAAACGAACAAUUGAGAGCGAGGCCAUUAGCGUACUGAAUGAGUAGUGUUUGUGAACAGUCAGUUUCAGUACCACCAAUAUCGGUAACCCUUAGUAUGAGUGUGUGAACGUUACCCCCAUCUCUAAGCAACACAUGUGCAUUUCUAUGACGUUUGUCUUUGAUUUUGUGAUCUUUUGUACUACCUACCAUCAUUCGUACUGUAUGCAGCUUGAAAUUUACCUCCUCUUAAAGCGGAAUAAACAAGCAUGCUAAUGCUUUCUGUUCCAUAUCUUAGCUAGAC